GGUGCUGCCGCUGCCGCCGCUGCGCCGAGCAGAGCUGAGCCGAGCCGAGCCGAGCAUGGCAGGACUCGGGCAGAACCUGGCCGUGGUGGUGCACCGAGCCGGGGACCUGCGCCUGGAAAACCGGCCAAUCCCUGAACCAGGUCCCAAUGAAGUCCUCCUGCGGAUGCAUUCUGUUGGGAUCUGUGGAUCUGACGUUCACUACUGGCAGCACGGUCGGAUUGGGGAUUUUGUUGUAAAGGAUCCCAUGAUACUGGGGCAUGAGGCUUCUGGGACUGUCAUCAAAGUGGGAUCAGGAGUAACUCAUUUGCAGCCAGGUGAUCGAGUGGCCAUUGAGCCGGGUGUCCCAAGAGAAAUAGAUGAGUUCUGCAAACUUGGACGCUACAACCUCUCUCCAACCAUCUUCUUCUGUGCAACACCUCCUGAUGAUGGGAACUUGUGCCGCUACUACAAACACAGUGCCAGCUUCUGCUACAAGCUUCCAGAUAAUGUCACCUUUGAAGAAGGGGCCCUUAUUGAGCCCCUUUCUGUGGGAAUUCAUGCCUGCCGAAGAGCUGGAGUCACUCUGGGAAGCAAAGUCUUCGUGUCUGGCUCUGGACCAAUUGGCCUUGUUAACGUGCUUGUUGCUAAGGUGAUGGGCGCAGCAGCUGUGGUAGUUACAGAUUUAUCUGCCUCUCGUCUGCAGAAAGCCAAGGAGAUAGGGGCAGAUUUCACCAUUCAGGUAAAGAAUGAGACCCCGCAGGAGGUAGCCUCCAAAGUAGAAAGUCUGCUUGGCUGCAUGCCCGAUAUAACUGUGGAGUGUACAGGAGUGCAAGCCUGCGUCCAGGCUGGCAUUUAUGCCACUCGCUCUGGCGGGACCUUGGUGCUGGUGGGACUAGGGCCUGAAAUGGUCACUGUACCCAUCGUUAAUGCUGCCGUGCGGGAGGUGGAUAUCAAGGGGAUAUUCCGCUACUGCAACACGUGGCCCAUGGCAAUUGCUCUUCUUGCAUCCAAGCGCAUCAACGUCAAGCCCUUGGUUACACAUCGCUUCCCCUUGGAAAAGGCUCUGGAAGCAUUCGAGACCACUAAGAGGGGUGAGGGAAUAAAAGUUAUGCUGAAGUGCGACCCCACUGACCACAACCCCUGAGAUGUAGUGGUGCCCGGCCCUUUCCCCUGUUACGCUGCCUGUAUGUGACUUGACGGAUGAGGCCAUGGGAGGCUGAUGUAUGGCUAUUGCAUGUUCUCAGUCACCUUAUGCAGGCACUCCUUUGUAUCAGAGCUAUAAAAUCAGACUGCAAUGAGAGUGAAGAACACUGAGGGGUAUUUACAGCUAGCUACAAAUGAAGAACCUAUAGGAAAUAGUUUGAGGCAAAAUGCUGCUCUUUGAUUAGAGACCUUGAUUUGCACAGUUGGCUCUUCUCCAGCAGACCACAUGCUCUGAAGAAUCUGGGUUUCUCUGCAUGUGUUGAGCAGAGUGCUUCCCUUGUGCAUGUUCCAAGAGGUGCCCAUGUGGCCCUGGGGGUUUGUCUGUGGACAGAUGGUGGGAGGACAUCACCUAUGGCAAAAAUGGAUGAGAAGACUGAAAUGCUGGUGCUAUGCCUUCCUGCCCCAGCACUACCCUAAGAGUGCUUGCCACAGCUCUUCCUGCAUACAAAUCCCUGGGCAUAGGAUAGCUGUACUUGAAUAUUCUGCCUUCCAGUUAUGUGUUCCCUUGAGGAUGCUCAGGGGUUUGAAUAGCCUGUAGGACAAAGUCUGGCCAGCCCAUUUCCAGCCUUACAUUCAAGUAAUUCCCUCCAUGCUCUUUGCAAGUAGCUCUGGAACAAACUGUAGGCCCAAAGCCUAGAUGCCAGGGCUUUUUUGGAGAAGCUAGUCUGGAAGCUGGCUAGGGCUACGUAUCUGCCAUGUAAUCCUCCCCCUCCCCCAGCAGCUCCCAAUGGGGCAAAAUGAACUGCUGCAGAGCAGGGUGUAGUGUGUUUGCAGCAGAACUGCCCUGUCUCCAGCGAGGAGUGUAGAGAGCCCAGUCCUAACCUGAGUAACCCACAGAUGCAGAUCACCGUGGCCCGUGAGAAGGGGCUGCUGUCGAGGGCACAGGUUUCUUUUAGCAUGGAGGGAUGUACAGGAAAGAGGUGAGAGGACAGCAUCACUCAGAUGUUUUCCCACUGCAAAGGAAUCACAGCUUGAUAUCAGAGCUUCCUGCUGAGUUUGUGAGCUAUGACUGAGGUACUAAUGUGUCAGCAAGUUGCAGAUAACAAAAUCUAAUUGUAAAUUACAGUUGUCUUAAUUCUAAUACUAGGAGAUCAAUCCAAGAAUCCUCUCUUGGGCCGGUACUGAACUUUACCCAAUAAAUGCUUCCUACCUGA